UAUUGUUUAUUGAUAUAUAAAUAUUGUUUUCAUUUUUUUAAUACACUUACUUACUCAAAGUAUUUGAUUUCCAUGUACUCUACAUGUACGUUUAGAUUCUCGUUAAUUGUUUUCUAAGGCGUACAUACUCCUUAUAAAUACGAGAUAUGAUAUGGUUUGUGCGUUCCUAGCGACUGCUGUACUAACAUUACUUCCUGGUUUGUAAACGUACAUAGUAAAUAGUUAAAGAAGCAAUAGUUUUAAUACGCGGACACUAUAGCUAACCUAAAGCACUUUAAUAGGGACGCCUUUAUUAAGUGAGUUAAAUGUAAACCAGUCAGUACACCGUGCAUGACAGGCUCUAAAACAAUUUCGAAAUACCCACGAUUGUCGUGUUUAAACAUACAUUAUCUACUAGCACUAUCUAACUAUCACAAUCUCGUCAUGUGAUUAAUCAUGUGUGGUAAUGAAAUUGUUAUCAAUAUUCCUGUUCUGAUGUUAAACAUUUUACUCUGAUAUGUUACUUAGGAGUACUUAUUGCUGAAUAUUAUAGGUGUAAUUAAUGCAAAAUGGCCGACAGGAAAAUAAAGAACCUAACGUCGGAUUACCUAACAUGUACGAUAUGUUGGAACAUAUUUACUGAUCCGAAGAUGUUACAGUGUGGACAUUCAUUUUGUGCUAAAUGUUUGGAAGGUUACAUCCGAAUUGUCCGAAAACAGAGAGACUGGUUUGAAUGUCCGGUAUGCAGAGAUGCCAACGAUAUUUCUGCUAACAUUGACGUGAACGACAUGAUCAACUCUCUUUCGAACGAUACAGUGACGAUCUCAAUUCUGCAGGCGAUCGGCCUCACCUCUGUGGACAUCGAUAGCAGCGACAAUGAAUGCCUAAAAGAAACUACUCCAGGGACAAUACCCGAAGAACUGAAACGAGACGAGUCUUUUUGCGCAUGCGCACGCCAUCGAGACAAAAACAUUGAUACCUAUUGCCCCAAGCAUGAAGUUGUUAUAUGCUCGGAAUGCGCCAAAGAAAACCACAAGCGACCUGUAUGUGAAUGUUCUUCUGCUAGAAUAGUAAUCAAUAAAAGGCUGAAUGCCCUGAAAAGUCUCGUGGCUCAGCAGGUUUCUGAUGCUUCAAUGCUCUUCGACUCUCCCAGUGACAAGGCAAAAACGGUGAAAAGUUUGUUUGAUGAAGCACAGAAAUGUAUAAACGACAUUGAACAAAGUUUCGAUGAUAUUUAUAGGGCAUUUAAACAGCGCAUACAAAGCCUUCGUGUAAAAGCCAAAGAAUCCCUUGACCGGGAUCAAACGAUUUCUGAAAUCCGUACUCUGCAAGAAAACAUUGUAGCCAGAGUAAAGGCAUUUGAUGAGGACACUGCCGAUUUGAAUCCUAAUCAAACUCUGAAAGUCAUUUCUAAUCUUUGCGUAGAUUCUUCUGAGCUUCAAAAAAACAUCACUGAGCUGUCACAAAAAGUGAAAUCGGGAUCGCUCAUGAUGUAUGUAGAAAGUGACUUGAAUGUGUUGGACGUUUUCGUGUCAGGGCUAAAAAACUCUUUGCCUGGUGAAUUUCUGACUAUGGAAGAAAUUGACCAAGAACCUAAUGACAAAGAAUACGUGAUGGUGACGGAAACGGGAAACUUUGAAGAUUUUGACUGCCUUGAAAACGACAAAGUUAAUCUCUGUCAACAAAUAACAUUUAGUGCAAAAAGUGCGUGCGAGGACAAAUGUAUGCUCUCUGGGGUUGCCAUGCUAGGAACAACCGCUGUAGUUCUAGUGGACCAGACAAACAAACGGCUGAAAAAGUACAAGAUUCCUGAGGGGAAGUUUCUGAAUGAAUUAGAGCUCGAAUACGAGCCCCACCAAGUGGCAACGCUUCGGGAAUCUAGUGACGUAGCUGUAUCAUUAUGGGACGUGCCGAAGAUUGUCAUAGCGUCCACCGACCCAGUGUUAGAGAUUGUCCGAACAAUCGACACCGAUACGGAGUACAUCGGUCUGACGUCACAUAUGGCGGAACGCCUGGCAGUGUCGAGCAUAUUGAGUCGCCGCGUGGACAUACUUGAUACGCAAGUCAACACGGGGGACGGGUCACGUCAACGAGAAACGCUUUACCAAUCCAGUCGACGUCGGUCAUUUCCAGAUCGUUUGGCAGCAACAAGCGAUGGGAAAGUUGUCAUUCGUAAUCGUCGCCGGAAUGAAAUCAGCUGUUUUGGCCGCAACAAAAUGCUCUUAUGGUCGCGGAGGCUGAAGCAUCAACUUGCUGACGUCACGUGUUUCCGAGGACGAGUGUUUACGACACUGCGGAGCCGUAAUGAGAUUGUAUCAUUCCGCGAGGAUGGACAGGGCGAGGUCGAGACGCUGAAAUCACGAGAUCCGAUCCAUCAUCCCUGGGCGCUAGACGGCUUCAAGGAUUGUUUGGUGGUCACUGAAGAUGCACCUUCGGAUCUCGUGCAUGUGUUCAUUUUUGAGUGAAUCAAUCAACUUGUAUUGAUGUCUCUAACUAUAUUUACGCAAUAAUUUUGUAUUUUGUAUAGUUUGUGUUUCUAUACUACAUUUAUAAUUGUAUAUGUGACUAAGUAAGGUAUAAUUUUGAUUUACAUUGUACACCAUGAAUAGUCAAGGAAACUUGAAUAAUUGAUGCACACUAACUACAUUCUCUACUUCAUGUUUAUAACUUUGCGUUCAUAUGGUAACAAUACUCAAUGAUGAUCGACAGUUAACUUCGUAUCCUCCAUUUGUUUUAUGUUUGAUUUGUUGGACAUACUAGACAAUGAAUAGCGUAUCUAUAUGGUGCACACGUACACUGUAUAAGCGAUAUGUUGACAAUGAGGAUAUUUAAAGAAUGUCUGUUUAUUGAAGAUUGAAAACAAAUGCCAGGUCAACAUGCUGGCAAUAUUCAAGUCACAAUGUGCAAUAUCACGAAGGUAGCGUUGGCAGAAAGACGCAUGUUUAAUAACACUUUGCAUGCUGGGUAAAUUGCCGUCUGCUCAAAAAUGUCGUCUGGUUUAUUCUAAAUUUCUUUCAAUUUACUUAAAACUUUUGGGAUAUAUUGACCGAGUGGCAAACAGCUUGGAACCUGACCAGACGCCGAGUUUGGUUCCAAGCUGUGUGCAAAGCCUUUAAAAUCGCCAUCAGCAGCCUAAGGGAUAAUUAUGAUCAGCGUAAUACCUUGUAUUCAUUGAUUUUUUUGGCUGAGACACAAUAAGAUGUGAUUCCUUACACAGCACCAUUAAAAUAAGAACUGGUAGUUAAUUAUUGGAGUAUUUAUUCUUUUUAUCUUUGUGUAUUGUACAACAAAUACAAAAACCUCAUGGGUAUAAACCAUCUAUAAAACAACAAUCACUAUGGCAUAAUUGGCUCAGUGCUCCUGUAACACGAACCAAACUCAAAACUAACACCUACAUUCAAGCUCUGGUACUGUGCAUUAGCUACUAGAACAUUUUAGGAACUAAAAUGGGAUUUAGAAAUGAUUCAUUUGUUGUGACAUAUUGUAUCCAUAUACAUUUGUUUGGCAGAUGCGUGUAUAUAAAUGAUGCGGAAUAGUCCCAAUGCUCACUAUUUAAGUAUUGUUUCUUAGUCUGUUCUACAAGAUACAUGUAGCCCAUAACAUAUCAGAAAUAAAGGUGAAUCAAUUAA